AUGCCCGCGCAGGGAUCCCAGAGGAGCCUGCUGGGCUCCGUGAACUCCACUCCCACAGCCACCCCCCGCCUCAGGCUGGCCGCCAACCAGACGGGCCCCCAGUGCCUGGAGGUGUCCGUCCCCGACGGACUCUUCCUCUGCCUGGGGCUGGUGAGCUUGGUGGAGAACACGCUGGUGGUGGCUGCCAUUGCCAAGAACCGCAACCUGCACUCGCCCAUGUACUGCUUCAUCUGCUGCCUGGCGCUGUCGGACCUGCUGGUGAGCGUGAGCAACGUGCUGGAGACGGCUGUCCUGCUGCUGCUGGAGGUGGGCGCCCUGGCGGCCCAGGCCACCGUGGUGCAGCAGCUGGGCAACAUCAUCCACGUGCUCACCUGCAGCUCCAUGGUGUCCAGCCUCUGCUUUCUGGGCGCCAUCGCCAUGGACCGCUACAUCUCCAUCUUCUACGCCCUGCGCUAUCACAGCAUCGUGACGCUGCCCCGGGUGCGGCGGGUCAUCGCGGCUGUCUGGGCGGCCAGCGUCCUCUCCAGCACCCUCUUCAUCGCCUACUACGACCACACAGCUGCCCUGCUCUGCCUGGUGGUCUUCUUCCUGGCCAUGCUGGUGCUCAUGGCGGUGCUGUACGUGCACAUGCUCACCCAGGCGUGCCAGCACGCCCAGGGCAUCGCCCGGCUGCACAAGAGGCAGCGCCCGGUGCAGCAGGGCUGGGGCCUUAAGGGUGCCGCCACCCUCACCAUCCUGCUAGGUGUCUUCUUCCUCUGCUGGGGCCCCUUCUUCCUGCACCUCACGCUCAUAGCCGUCUGCCCCCAGCACCCUACCUGCAGCUGCAUCUUCAAGAACUUCAAACUCUUUCUGACCCUCAUCAUCUGCAACGCCAUCGUGGACCCCCUCAUCUACGCCUUCCGCAGCCAGGAGCUCCGCAAGACGCUCAAGGAGGUGCUGCUCUUCUCCUGCUCCAGGCAACGUGCCCUCGUCAGCUGGGAAGUCUCUGGGAUGGAAGAGCAACAAGGCCACCGAGAAGGAGUGCUGCUCCCGAGAUGGCCUCAGGAGAAGGGGCUUUGUGACCAGAGAUAUUCAGCCAUAGCCACCAAGCGGCUACUUCAGGAAGAAUUCUGGGAAGUCAUCAGUGAUGAGCACGGCAUAGACCCCAGCGGCAACUAUGUGGGGGACUCGGACCUGCAGCUGGAGCGGAUCAGCGUCUACUACAAUGAGGCCUCCUCUCACAAGUAUGUGCCUCGGGCCAUCCUGGUGGACCUGGAGCCUGGGACCAUGGACAGCGUCCGGUCUGGGGCCUUCGGGCAUCUCUUCAGGCCCGACAACUUCAUCUUCGGUCAGAGUGGGGCGGGCAACAACUGGGCCAAAGGUCACUACACGGAGGGCGCGGAGCUAGUGGACUCGGUCCUGGACGUGGUGCGGAAGGAGUGUGAGAAUUGCGACUGUCUCCAGGGCUUCCAGCUGACCCACUCGCUGGGCGGGGGCACGGGCUCGGGCAUGGGCACCCUGCUCAUCAGCAAGGUGCGCGAGGAGUACCCCGACCGCAUCAUGAACACCUUCAGCGUGGUGCCCUCACCCAAGGUGUCGGACACGGUGGUGGAGCCCUACAACGCCACCCUGUCCAUCCACCAGCUGGUGGAGAACACGGACGAGACCUACUGCAUCGACAACGAGGCCCUGUACGACAUCUGCUUCCGCACGCUCAAGCUGGCCACGCCCACCUACGGCGACCUCAACCACCUGGUGUCGGCCACCAUGAGCGGCGUCACCACCUCGCUGCGCUUCCCGGGCCAGCUCAACGCCGACCUGCGCAAGCUGGCCGUGAACAUGGUGCCCUUCCCCCGCCUGCACUUCUUCAUGCCGGGCUUCGCGCCGCUCACAGCCCGCGGCAGCCAGCAGUACCGCGCGCUCACGGUGCCCGAGCUCACCCAGCAGAUGUUCGACGCCAAGAACAUGAUGGCCGCCUGUGACCCCCGCCACGGCCGCUACCUGACGGUGGCCACCGUCUUCCGGGGCCGCAUGUCCAUGAAGGAAGUGGACGAGCAGAUGCUGGCCAUCCAGAGCAAGAACAGCAGCUACUUCGUGGAGUGGAUCCCCAACAACGUCAAGGUGGCCGUGUGCGACAUCCCGCCCCGCGGCCUGAAGAUGUCCUCCACCUUCAUCGGCAACAGCACGGCCAUCCAGGAGCUGUUCAAGCGCAUCUCGGAGCAGUUCACGGCCAUGUUCCGGCGCAAGGCCUUCCUGCACUGGUACACGGGCGAGGGCAUGGACGAGAUGGAGUUCACCGAGGCCGAGAGCAACAUGAACGACCUGGUGUCCGAGUACCAGCAGUAUCAGGACGCCACGGCCGAGGAGGAGGGCGAGAUGUACGAAGACGAGGAGGAGGAGUCGGAGGCCCAGGGCCCCAAGUGAAGCCGCUUGCAGCUGGGGUGUGGGGCCGGGGUGCCUGUCCCCAGCGACAUCAGCUACCAACACUCCCCCGCUUUGCUCCCCGCCAGCUCGCCACUCUCGAGGGCCCCGGGUCCUUGUCCUCCAGCACUGAUGGCCGCCCCGCCCCCAGCCCACUGGGCUCCGUCUCCCGCCAUAGGCCAUCUCUGUCUUGUGUUCCCGUUUGUCUCUGACUUAUUGUGGCUCCAGGCCUGAUGGUUUAUGGUUUGUUUUGUUUUUUUAUUGGUUUGUGUUUAUAUUUGGGGGGAUACUUAAUAAAUCCACUGCGGUCAG